CCCAACAAAGUUCGUCGAUAGCAUAGAUGGCUGUAUUCAGUUACGUAUUAAGUACCAUGAUGAAUUGGGAAAGAUAGUUAGUAUCAACAGUAUCUGAAGAAGCGAUUACGUGAUGAAUUGUGUGUGAUCGUAGUUGCGUUUUGCUCGUGCUAUGAUAAUCGUCUUAAAGGCAGGGAAAAUUCACUCGUGGUGCUGUUUCAACAGCUGAUCAAAGGAGAGAUAGAAUCGAGGGCAAAAUUUUCAUUCUAGUCGAUUCGGUGUUCGCGGAGGAACGAUGGCUGGAUUCGUGUUGAGGGUCAAAACAAAAUCAGGUCAGAAGGUUGUGAAUGGAUUAAUCCCACAGGAUAAGGUGUCCGAAUUGAAAUCGAAACUCGCCGAGAUUACGGGUAUACCAGUUAAGGCACUCCACGUUCUCGGCGGGUUUCCACCGAAGGCGAUUAAUCUAAACGAUGAGACGGCAACGAUCGAGAAAAGCGGCAUCGUUUCUGGGGAUACGUUAAUUGUAGAAGAAAAACCGCCUCAAUAUAAUGGGGAACGAAAUCCCGAUGAAAUCGGUCGAUCUCACAUCGUAAACAGUGAAAAGUUUGUCGAUACCCCUGGUGUAUUAAUGAAGAAAGUUGUACCUGCCGAUAACUCCUGCUUGUUUACCAGUGUUGGCUAUGUUCUUAAUGGUAAGGUUGACCCCAGUUGUGCUAGUUUUAUGAGGGAAAUCAUAGCGAACGCUGUAGCAGCGGACCCAGAAGAAUAUUCUGAAGCCUUCCUUGGCAGACCAAACCAUGAAUAUUGUGAAUGGAUUUUGAAACCUACCUCUUGGGGAGGAGCCAUAGAAUUGUCAAUAUUGUCACACUUCUAUGGACUAGAGAUAGCAGUAAUUGAUAGUAUUAAUGCGAUUAUUAAUCGUUUCGGGGAAGAUCAACAUCAUGCUCAAAGAGUGUUUUUAAUAUUUGAUGGGAUCCAUUAUGAUCCUUUGUAUUUAGAACCACUUGAUGGUGGUAGCAUACAGACAGUCUUUCCCGUGGAAGAUGAAAACAUGUUAUUGGAGGCUGCAGAGUUAGCAAGAGAAGCAAAGUCUAGUCGUCAAUUCAUUGAUGUUGAAAAAUUUACCCUAAUGUGCAUUGAUUGCAAAACUAAAUUGAGUGGACAAACAGCUGCUCAGCAACAUGCAAAAGAAACUGGUCAUAUGAAUUUUAGAGAAGUAGUGGUGUAGCAAAAUAAAUCUGUCCUUUGCCAAUUAUCAAUUACUUUUGAUCAGAGUACUGUUUGAGAAUCCUAUUAAAUUCAAGUCUCAAGCAGAAUUUUCUACUUAAGUGAGGCUUGCAAGAAAACUAGCUAUUUGAUAUGGAUAAUUUUAUUGUUGACAGAAAAUAUGCAGUGCACUAUGAGGAUUGUUUAGACAAUUAAUAUACACAGGUUUUUAAUUUUGACUAAAGAUUUAGAAUUAUUUAAUAAAAGUUUCUCAGGAAAUCAUGGAUUUAUCAUUAUACAUAUACGUUUGAGCCCCAAAAUACAUAAAAUUAUCUGUAUAUUACAUAUUAGGGAUUUUGCUGAACCCCAACCUUUUUGUUAAUUCAAGAUUUAUAAUCAACUUGUAACUUUGGCAAGAUUAAGAAUCUGUGAUAUUUGAUUAAAUUCGCCUAAACGGAAUUCAUAGCCAUUACUGGCAGAGAAUGUAUUUCAUGCCAUAUAUAAGUAAAUCUUAAGAACAAGCGUAUUGCAAAGCGAAAUCAAAUUUAGUUAAUUUCGCUUUCGAGAAGCAAAUCGAUUUAGUACUGUUAAUAGCAAAUUUUAUAUCGAUAAACUACUGUUCAGAAAGGAAAAGGUAGGAAAAACAAAUUACUGAUAAUACAAGUAACAUCAUACUUCUAUCAAUAAAGCAUGUUACUCAUUGAAUAUUGCAGAGUGUUGUCUUAAAGGUUUGAUCUCUAUACUCUAUGAUAGUUUAAUUUAUGGUCCAAAUAUGUAUAUGAUAGAAAUUAAAACGUAAAAGUGCAUAAUUAAAUAAAAAUUAUCUACUAAACCUUUAUUAUAUACUAGUGUGUAAUGUUAGGAUAUUGUAAUUAUUUUGUUAUUGAGAUUUUUACUUGAUUCAACAAGCACUAGAGAAAUUUAAGCGUUCCAAAUAAAGGAACAUAACUAGAUUUUUGUAAUGGAGUAUAAUAUUUAUUAGAAAUAUGUCAAUCUAACACACAAGUCUUUUUUAUGUGCAAGGAUAUAGCGAAUAGUAUUGCCGUACUAUAACACAGAGUAUAAAACAGUGCAAUUGCCUAUAAAUAAAUCAAUGCGAAUUUAUUAGAUCUGAGUAAAAGGAUUUGCAAUUCUACAUUACUCAGGAACUAUUAAUAAUAAAAAUACACAUACUUAUAUUUAUAUGGCAGUACAGUGCAUUUUGUAAGCUCCAUCCUUCCGAUAAAGUGAAAUAAACAAGCUAUUUACAUUAC